AUGCGAAUAAAUCCUCCUACUUCCGGUCCUGAAGUUUCUUCGAUUGAAAAAAAAAAUCUGGGACAUAUUGACCAAAUAAUAGGUCCGGUACUAGAUGUAGCCUUUCCCCCGGGGAAGAUGCCUAAUAUUUACAAUGCUCUGGUAGUUAAGGGUCGAGAUACUGUUGGUCAACAAAUUAAUGUGACUUGUGAAGUACAACAAUUAUUAGGAAAUAAUCGAGUUAGGGCUGUAGCUAUGAGUGCUACAGAUGGUCUAAUGAGAGGAAUGCAAGUUAUUGACACAGGAACUCCCCUAAGUGUUCCAGUAGGCGGAGCAACUCUAGGACGAAUUUUCAACGUGCUUGGAGAGCCGAUUGAUAAUUUAGGUCCUGUAGAUACUCGUACAACAUCUCCCAUUCAUAGAUCUGCGCCUACCUUUAUACAAUUAGAUACAAAAUUAUCUAUUUUUGAAACAGGAAUAAAAGUAGUAGAUCUUUUAGCUCCUUAUCGUCGUGGAGGAAAAAUAGGACUUUUCGGUGGAGCUGGAGUGGGUAAAACAGUACUUAUUAUGGAAUUGAUCAAUAACAUUGCCAAAGCUCAUGGAGGUGUAUCUGUAUUUGGCGGAGUAGGUGAGCGUACUCGCGAGGGAAAUGAUCUUUAUAUGGAAAUGAAAGAAUCUGGAGUAAUUAAUGAACAAAAUAUUGCAGAAUCCAAAGUAGCUUUAGUAUAUGGUCAAAUGAAUGAACCACCCGGAGCUCGUAUGAGAGUUGGUUUAACUGCCCUAACUAUGGCGGAAUAUUUUCGAGAUGUCAAUGAGCAAGAUGUACUUCUAUUUAUCGACAAUAUCUUCCGCUUCGUUCAAGCAGGAUCUGAAGUAUCUGCCUUAUUGGGUCGAAUGCCCUCUGCUGUGGGUUAUCAACCCACUCUUAGUACUGAAAUGGGUUCUUUACAAGAAAGAAUCACUUCUACCAAAGAAGGGUCCAUAACUUCUAUUCAAGCAGUUUAUGUACCUGCCGACGAUUUAACUGACCCUGCUCCUGCUACGACAUUUGCACAUUUAGAUGCUACUACUGUACUAUCAAGAGGAUUAGCCGCCAAAGGUAUCUAUCCAGCAGUAGAUCCUUUAGAUUCAACCUCAACUAUGCUCCAACCUCGAAUCGUUGGUGAAGAACAUUAUGAGACUGCGCAACGAGUUAAACAAACUUUACAACGUUACAAAGAACUUCAAGACAUUAUAGCUAUCCUUGGCUUGGACGAAUUAUCCGAAGAAGAUCGCUUAACCGUAGCAAGAGCACGAAAAAUUGAGCGUUUCUUAUCACAACCUUUUUUCGUAGCAGAAGUUUUUACCGGUUCGGCUGGAAAAUAUGUUGGUCUAGUAGAAACAAUUAGAGGGUUUAAUUUGAUCCUUUCUGGAGAAUUAGACGGUCUUCCUGAACAAGCCUUUUAUUUGGUAGGUAAUAUCGAUGAAGCUACUGCGAAGGCUACGAACUUAGAAACGGAGAGCAAUUUGAAGAAAUGA